AUGGCUGCGAGACUAUCUGAAGAGGAGGCGGAGGAGGAGGAGAUAGAGCGGUGUUUGCGCGCCAUCAUCCAGCUGCCGCGCACUCGCGUAGGAGGCGCGGGCGGCGACGGCCGCCCUCCGAGCUCCAGCGGCGACAGCAGCAGCGUCGACUGGCCGUUCCUCACGCAGCAGGUGCGCCGACUUCACCAGUUCAUCUUCCUGGGCCACUUGGACGGCCCAGAUGCACGGGGCGGGAGAAGACACUACAGCCAUGAGCCCGAUCAUCAUCAUCACCAUCACCACCAUCACCAGCAGCAGCAGGUGCAGCAGCGGCGGAGGGAGAAGUGGGAGCACCAGGUGCUGCCCCAUCUCAACCGCCUAGUGCACCGUCUCUUCGCUCCAUCCACCCACCGCUCCUCCCUCUCUCGGCCCCCACCCGCUGCAGCUCCCCUCCUCGUUGCAUCGCUGCGCUUCUUCCUAGCUGCAGGGGAGGAAGGGCUGCUACCGCUAGACACCGCUCUCAACACCCUCAUGACCUCCUGCCUUCCCUCUUGGUUCUGGGACCCUAUGGCUGCGCGAGAGUGCCUCUCCUUCUUCGCCUCCUGCCGCUUGCCCCUGCGCCACUCCCACCCCCGCAUUCUGCAGCAGCACCUUCCGCUUCUUCUCAAGACCCUCGCAUCGCACGGCAGCAUCGUGCUGCCUCAGUUCACACAGCUCAUUCCGGACCUUCUCUCCUCCUCCUCGCUCAUCCCCCUCUUCCUCCGACUCCUUGACCUCCCAGUGCUGGCCAUCGCCCUGGGCAUGUCAGCAGGCGGCAGGGCGUCCACCCUCAUGGCUGCAGCAGCGGAGCCAGCUGCUGAUGACGUGCUAGCCCUGAUGGACUUUGGCUUCACGGGCACGGCAGACAACGACAGCGAGAGCGACCCCAAUCUGCCUGCCAGCAAGCCGCGACCAGAAACUGCCUCCUCCGCCGCUGCUGCUGCCGCUGCUGGUGCUGGCGGUGCUGCUGUUGGUGCUGCUGUCGGGGCUGCUGGUGGUGGUAUUGGUGGUGGUAGCGGUGCUGCUGCUGGUGCCGGGGGCGCCGCUGCUGCUGCUGGUGUGGGGGAAAAGGGCGCAGGGCGAAAGAAACAAGGGGGAGGUGGGGGCGGGGGAACUGGGGUGGGGGGGAUGGGUGUAGGGAGGGCGGGAGGGGAGAGGGGAGCGGAUGGGGGGAUGGCGCCGGCGGCUCUGGCGGUGCUGAUAUCGUGGAUGCUGAUAGAUGAGCUGGCUGCAGGGGAGGCGGAGGUGGGGUCGCGCAGGCAGCAGGAGGCGGUCAUGUGGCGCCUGCCGGGAUUCUCCCAAGCGCUGCUCACUGAAGCCCGUAGACAGACAGCUGGGGCUGCUCAUAACGCGGACAGAGAUGAUGGUGGCGAUGGGGGUGAGGGGGGUGAGCGGAGUGAGAGGCAACGAGGGGUUUACGGGGGAGGGAGAGAGGCAGGGGGAGAGGGAGGGCGGGCGCAGGGGGAGGGCGAGGGGCGGUGGGGGAGUGUAGGGGACGGAGGUGGUGGGGGUGGUGGUGGUGGUGGUGGUGGGGGUGGCAUUGAUGGGUUUGUUGGGAGAGGCAUUGGGAUAGCAGGGAGUCCUGCAAGGAAGGAUGCAGCAGGAGGAGCAGGAGCAGGAAGAGGAGGAGGAGGAGUAGGAGGUGAGGGUGGUGGAACUGGCCUAGGCUCUCCUGUCACUGCGUCUCGAGCAACUGUAACACCAACACCACCAUCACCAACACCAGCAGCAGCAGGAUUAACACCAGCGGCAGCGGCCGCCGCGGCGGCAGCAGCAGCAGCUGAGGUGUGGAGUGAGGGGUUGAGGGAAGACACCCGGGAGAAUGAGAGGCGGCUGCAGGAGUGCCUUGCCAUGGCGCCUCACCUGCUGGAUUCUCUGCUGGAAACGGUCUUAACAGGCAUGGGCCAAGAUGAGUGGCGGGCGUUGCUGCCAGUCAUAAUGAGCCGCUUCGACGCACUCUUCCCCAACGCCACCUACCAACACCAGGUGCAGCAGCUGUGCCUACACACCUUGCUCGUACUCUUCCGACUCUGCCCUGCGCUACUGCUCGCUGUUCAGUCCCUCACCCUUCUCCACAUCCCCUUCCCUCCUCCUCCUAACCCCCUACCCUCGUGCACUACCUUUGAGACGUUUCCAAAAUCCUCGUUUUCCUCCCUUCCAACAUUGUCCCCUUCCCAACUUCCCUCCUUCCCCCAUUCUGUCCUUCCCUUUUUCUCCCAAAUACCCAUGGUGGCCGUGCCGCCCCCCCGUUUCCCCGGUCCAUGCCAGCCCACCAUAGUGCGCAUCAUCACUGCUCCAAUUACAUCCAUGGCUCAGGUACCCCCUGAAGUCUUUCAAGCAUUCUGUGAGCUCUCUCAUAUCUUUGGGUUCUUUGGAUUUCCCUGCGGGUACUACGAGGGUGCGCUGCUACAGAGGGUGCUCACUGAAGGAAUUUAUUAG